AAGAUACUCCGCGUGAGUACUUCGCCGGCAAGCAAGAGUUCACCGAGAAGGAAUGUGCGGUGAAAUACCAGGCCCAAUACGUCGAGAAGGACGGUAAGAUCUGCUUCACCAGCCGCCCACUUCCGACCUGCUCUGACAAGUGCAAGGCCUUCGAAAAGGAGCCCAAGUACGUCGAUGUCCACUGCCGUGAUGCUACCGACUCGGUGGCCCAGCUCUUCAAGCAGCAGAUCCGCAAGGGCGUGAACCCGGACAUGAGCAACAAGUCGGUCACCAAGACCAUCAAGUUCUACUUUCCCAAGAAGUGCGUGCACGUCUAUUGAGAAGUAGCAACAUUCUGAUU